UAAGAAGUGGUACGAACAGAUCCCCCAUUUCACUUACCCUGGUGGACCUGAUCCCACCGUAUUGGCAGCAUCCCUGUCUUCCGUCCGAGGGCGCUCUCCUUAUAGUGCUCGCGCGCCCUCUCCAAUGUCACACUCGCGCUCUGCUUCCCACGUGCCGUCCCCAUACCAAAGUCGUCAGCAGUCGAGAUCACCCUAUCCUUUCCACCGCACUCCUUCACCUGAUGUUCGCACUCACCCACGUGCGCCAUACCAGAGUCGUCAGCAGUCGAGAUCACCCUAUUCUCUCCACCGCACUCCUUCACUUCAUAUUACUCCUCCGCAAAUUGUAUACCCGCAUGGGCAUGCCUUGGAGGAUCAGCCUAUUUUGGAUCUCCAGUUGCAAGUACCCUCCCCAUUUCCAAAUGCACCCACCGGGCCAGAGUUUUAUUCAACUUCACAUAUGCCCAUCAUUACUUUUCACAGAGAAUCAAUGUCGGACUCUUCUCCCCAUCCGUUCGCCCGUCCACCGGAUGCCACUCAAGCUUACACUCCGUUCAGUAUGAUAAAGAUUCAAGGCUUGGAUCAAUUUUUCAACCAGAUUCCAAGCAUGCCAUCGGUGCUCGAUACCCAUGAUGUUUACCACCAGGAUUGGAGCGCAUUCAUGAAUAAUAUUUCUCUUGCGUGGAUGGGAAAACUACCCCUUCCCAAGUUUGCUGGGGGUUGUUCGCCUUCACGGAACUCGGCUGUUCUAGAAUUGAUCAAUUCGUGGAACAAUUCCUUCUUCGGUCCCCGCAGAGUAGAGGUAGUCCUCUACAGGGGCCGUGAGCGAUGCUCAGGCCCGUACACAGGGGCUGUAGACGACGAACACUCAUUUCCUGAAUCGGAAAGGGAUAACGAACGCGAGCGGAAGUACUCGUUAUACUUGACCUAUGUGUCUUAUCUCGACGAUCGACUCGAGCCGACCACUAGCACAUCCCAUCACUUCAGAAGCCACAGUGGCGCACACCAUAACCAUGCAUCUUAUAACUACUAUCACUGAUAGGAUAACAAGCUUGCAAGAAGGUGGAUGUGGGACUGUUGAUAUUUUUUAUUGUUAUUGUGCUACUCCCGUGUAUAGUUGACCAGUUAUUGACACUUGGUCACA